AUGUCCCACUGCAACAAAUUCCGCGAUGGUCACGCCAGACAACUGCUGUUCGGUGGCCGCGAUGGUGCCCGGGCUGUGCUCUCCCUCGACGCCUGGGCUUGGCCGGGCCGAGACGUCCUCUGGUGCCGAAUACCGUCCAAGAGCCCAGGGCUUCAGCCCCACAACUCGACGAUCGCCUCGACUUCUUCACACGCCUUCAGCCCUCAUCUCGGGCCGGGUGAUUUGGAUCGGUCUACCGGCCCACCGGAAGUCGGCCCAUCCGCACGCUCCUUCGAUCAGACGGUUUAUGAGGCCGGAUUGCCCUCGGUUCAGGUGGCUGGGAGACCGAUGCAGCUACGCUCGACCGGGCCGCAUGUUCAGCAGGUGGCCCGGCCGUCUGGUCCUCCCUCUAAAACUCAG